AUGUCAUCACCGAAAGCAAAGUCACUUGCGUGGCAGUAUUUUAAAAUUUGUGAAGAUGACUGUUCGAAGGCCGAAUGUGGCAUUUGCGCAACUAAAAUUAGUCGUGGGAAAUGCAAAUCUUCUUAUACAACGAGUUCAAUGCUUAAGCACUUGUCAACUUGCCAUCAGGUUUUCGAAAAACCAGAUGGAUCUAAGAGAGUCAACGUCGAAAGUACUGCUGCUGCAGAAUGCAGCAGUCGCCAACCCACCAUUGUCGAAGCCUUGUCAAAACGUAAAUUGUAUGACAAUUCACACCCCGUUUCUCGAUGCUUAACAUCCAAAAUUGGCGAGAUGAUUGCUCUAGAUUUUAUGCCGUAUUCGAUGGUGGAAAAUGUGGGGUUUUUGCGGCUUGUGAAAGAACUGAAUGCUAGAUACACUAUUCCGUCUCGAAAAUAUUUUUCCAACACCGUUGUUCCAGGAAUAUAUGAUAAAGUGACAAAUAAGAUCAAGGAAUUGUUGAAAAGUGCCGUUGGACCCAUAUGUGCUACAACAGAUGAAUGGACAAGUCUUCAAAAUGAUUCGUUCAUGAGUAUAACCUCCAAUUUUCUUAUCUGGAACAAGGGUGAUUUACACCGUGUUACGCCCGUUCUUUCCUGUUCUGAGCUCGUGGGCUCGCAAACCGCAGAAUUGCUGCUGUCAGAAAUACGAAGACAAGAAAGUGAGUGGGGCGUAUCGUUUGCUACAAUAACAUCCGACAAUGCCUCGAAUGUGAUAAAGGCAUUAAAGGACGGGGAGAUUUUUAAUAUCCGAUGUAUGGCACACACUUUGAACUUGAUCGUUCACGACGCUAUCAGAUCAAACAUUGAUGUGAAAGAUAUCGUGGCUGAUGCCCGUUCUCUAAUUGCCCACUAUAACCGCUCAUCUCGCGACGCUCGUGCUCUCAGGGAAUGUCAGAAAAGGCUGAAUGCACCAGAACAUAAAUUGCAACAAGACGUGAGUACCAGAUGGAACUCUACAUACUACGCGCUGGAGCGAAUGGUGGAACAGAGAGAAGUUAUUAAUGAUAUGUCCUUCAGGGGAAUUGGUAAUACUCUGUCACCUAACCAGUGGAGAAUGGCUUCAUCUUUAAUUCGAGUUUUGAAGUUAUUUGACAUAGCGACCAAGGAAGUUUGUACUGAGGAGGCGACAAUAGCAAGCAUUCUACCAGUAAAAGAGAAUUUGUUGAAAAGAUUGGAAGCAUUCAUUGGUGACAGCGAUAUUUAUGGACUCGACAAUUUUCUGAAUAGCCUCAAAAGUGGUAUAGAACGGAGAUUUAGCGUUCCUGGAAAUGGACCUCAGCCCCGAGACGCAUACUUUCAGAACCAGGCCUCAUAUAACCGUUGUUUAUUGGCUACAAUACUUGAUCCAAGAUUAAAGUUGUCAUGGUGCUCAACUAUCAAUCGGCAAGAAAUCGAACGGCUGCUUGUUACUGAAGUAAAGAAGUUUGCCACGGAUAGUGUUGAACUCUACGAAGGGACUGAAUUAUAUCAAUCAUCAUCAUCAGAAGAGGCCGAAGAUAGUGUGGUCUUCGGUGCACCUGAGAACGCGGGUCUUGUCAGGGAACAGGUGGAUAUGGAUGCUGAUAUUGUAACUGCUGUCAGGCAAUAUCUUGCUGCACCUACUCUUAAAAGGCACAAGUCUCCACUUGUUUUUUGGCCACAAUACUGA